AUGGUGCCUCUGUCAGAUGGACUCUCCCGCACGUCCAGCAAAGAUUCCUACCAAGAGAAGCAGAGGGUGAGACCAGAGGGUAGAACCCCUCGCUCAACUCCAAAACCAGUCAACAAACCCCCGGUGACUGUAGACACUCUGCAGAGCCUCCUAGAUGAACUACGCUUCAAUAUCACAGCCGACAUUGGCCAGUUCCACGAGAAAAUCAAAGGACUCUCAGCCCGACUCCACAACACAGAGCAGAACACAGCAACCCACGAAACUCGCAUUGCCGCUCUGGAGCAGCAACUAGAUAGUUGA